AUGUCAAAGGAUGUCUCGACAGCUGCCUCAGGGGUACGCAGAGUCACGCGAAGCAAUACUUCUGCUGCAGCGAGGGGAGGAAAGGGUACACAGGGCAAGAAGAAGGAACAACAUCAACACGACAUGGUCAUCAAGCAAGAGGAGGGUCCCCCUGGGAAAAAGCGGCCUUUAUCAUAUCCCGACGAGGAGACACCGGGCAGAAAGAGACUGAAGGAGGAAGACACCAGUCUUAGCAACCCAACCACGUCUGCUAGGAAGAAAUCCCAGCCGAAGAAGUCGGGGUCAUCAGAUCUGAAGACGAAGAAACUCAAGUCGUAUGCUCAGUUUGCCAAUCAAUCUCCAUUCCCCAACUUUCAUCGUCCUACAGUCGAAGAAUGCAAGCUCGCCCACCGAAUCCUAGCUUCCCUCCACGGUCCUCGGAUACGCCCCAAAGAAGUCGUCGCCUCCACUACUCGAGCGGGAUGUGGUGACUCCCCCAAUGUUCUCGACGCUCUGGUCCGCACUAUUCUCUCUCAAAAUACGAGCGACGUCAACUCGACGCGGGCCAAGAAGAGCAUGGAUAAGGUGUACGGAGGUAGCGAUAAGUGGGACGCCAUUGUUGCUGGAGGUGAAGGCAAACUUCAAGAAGCCAUCAAAUGCGGCGGACUCAGCGCGGUUAAGAGCAAAGUCAUCGUCGGCAUUUUGAAGCAGUCGUACGAGAAGUAUGGCAAGUAUUCCCUAGACCAUUUACAUUAUGCGUCCAGUGAAGAGGCCAUGCAAGAGAUGUUAUCCUUCCAGGGAGUUGGACCUAAGACAGCUAGCUGUGUCUUGCUCUUCUGUCUCCAGCGCGAGAGCUUUGCAGUGGACACGCAUGUCUGGCGCAUUACGGGAUUGUUGGGGUGGCGACCCAAGAACGCCACGAGAGAUGAGACACACGCGCAUUUGGACGUCAUGAUCCCAGACGAGGAUAAGUACGGGUUGCACAUAUUACUUGUCACGCACGGGAAGAAGUGUGAGGAAUGUCGAGCUGGAGGGAAGAACCUAGGCCAAUGCGAACUGCGAAAGGCCUUCCGCCAGAAGAAGAUGCAGGGCGAGGCAGGAGAAGAGGCGCAGCAAGAGGAGAUGGAGAAAGUCAAGAAAGAAGACGAGGACUGA